UGAGCGGAAGGCAAGCAAAGGAAUUAACCAUACCGUGCAAGGACCGUCUUGAGGGAAGUUUCACAGGAAACCUGCCUCCUGGACCAGGUGCUGGAGCUGAUUAUGAAUGAGAAGCCCGCCAACACCGCUAGCCUUUUCCUGAACGAGGACGCCGACAAGCCCUCCCUCCCUGAACGAGGCCUCUGGCGGUGGCUACAUAGGGCCAUGCAGAAGAGAGCAGCCAGUGCCAAGGACACGAUGAGCUCCAUAACUAAGGAGAGCGUCAAGGGCUUCCUGAGACGCAACCUCUUUGUCCUCCUCACCAUCGCAGCAGUGGCUCUGGGUGUCAUCUUGGGUUUCGCCCUGCGGCCCCACAACCUGACCCUCAGGAAGAUCAAAUACUUUGCCUUCCCUGGAGAGCUGCUUAUGAGGAUGCUGCAGAUGCUGGUUCUGCCUCUCAUCAUCUCCAGCCUGGUCACAGGUAUUUCCUCUCUGGACAGCAAAGCGUCUGGGAAGAUGGGAAUGCGGGCUGUGGUUUAUUACAUGGUGACCACCCUCAUUGCGGUCUUCAUUGGCAUCGUCAUUGUGAUUGUCAUAAAACCAGGGAAAGGCCAUAGGGACAGUCCAGUGGCCUCUAGCGGUACCAUAGAGCCGGUACAAGCAGCUGACGCCUUCCUGGAUCUCAUCAGGAACAUGUUCCCACCAAAUUUGGUGGAAGCCUGUUUCACGCAGUACAAAACAGUCUACAAGAAGACCAUCUACACCAAGAACGUGACCAUUACCCUCAACCUGACUGACUCCCUAAACGCUACAGAGGCUGCCUUGGCUGCUAACAUGAGCAGAGUCCUGCAGACCAUCCAGGAGACAGUGGUGGAGACGAUCCCAGUAUCUGGUUCCUCUAACGGGGUGAACGCCCUGGGUCUGGUGGUGUUCUCCAUGUGCUUCGGCCUGGUCAUCGGCAGCAUGAAGCAGCAGGGACAGGCUCUCAGGGACUUCUUCGACUGCCUCAACGAAGCCAUCAUGCGCCUAGUGGCCAUCAUCAUCUGGUACGCUCCAGUGGGCAUCCUGUUCCUGAUAGCAGGUAAGAUCGUGGAGAUGAAGAAUCUGGCCGAGGUGGGAGGUCAGCUGGGGAUGUACACGGUGUCUGUCAUCGUGGGUCUGCUCAUCCAUGGCCUCUUCGUCCUGCCCCUGUUCUACUUCCUGGUCACCAGGAAGAACCCCUACACCUUCAUCGCUGGCCUGCUGCAGGCCCUCAUUACUGCCCUGGGGACGUCCUCUAGCUCUGCCACCCUGCCCAUCACCUUCCGCUGUCUGGAGGAGAACAACCAUGUGGACAAGAGAGUGACACGCUUCAUCCUGCCCGUGGGUGCCACCAUCAACAUGGAUGGCACUGCCCUCUACGAGGCUGUGGCCGCCAUCUUUAUUGCUCAGGUCAAUGACAUGGAACUAAACUUUGGCCAAAUCCUCACCAUCAGUAUCACAGCAACAGCUGCCAGCAUUGGAGCAGCAGGCAUCCCGCAGGCUGGUCUGGUUACCAUGGUGAUUGUAUUGACAUCGGUGGGACUGCCCACAGAGGACAUAACGCUGAUCAUUGCUGUGGACUGGUUCCUGGACCGACUGAGGACCACUACCAACGUGCUGGGGGACUCUCUGGGGGCGGGCAUCGUGGAGCACCUGUCACGCCAGGAGUUGCAGAGCCAGGAUGUUGAGGUGGGCAACUCGGUGAUUGAAGAGAACGAAAAGUCCUACCAGCUCAUCUGCCAGGAGAACGACUCAGUGAAGCACCACAACAGUGAGACCCCCAUGUAGGGGUCAGGACAGGGGAAUUUAU